GAUCAGGUCUCCCGCUCCGCUAUAUUGGAGGAAUCUAAAACCCCAUUUUCAUUUCUGCUUGCGCGCUUCUUCCUUUCUCUAAUUCUCUCUCAGAAACAAAACCCACAGACAGAUCAAGAAGAUUUCCGACCGUUUGAAAUCGGACCGUUGGCAAUCCGCAGGUUGUUACAACUCCAUCACAAGACAGAGUGGCCGGCCGGAGUUCAAGAUCGGAAAUCUGGUUUUGAAGCUUACCGGAGCUCGUCAACGUCGACGCACGCCCUUUUCCUGACGAAAGAGAACCCAGACAGACAGAGAGGUUUUGAAGGCGAUCGAAGCUAGUCAACGUCUACACUCUGACACAGGCUUAGUUCCUGCGGUUGUGAAGGAGUACUAUGUUCGGUGUUGCGGGAACAACAAUUUCGGCACUGUGUUCUCUUUAUGCACAACAUGGGAGACCCAGGGCAUGGAAUAUGUGCAGGCAUUGUGACAAAAAGUUGCUUUGAUUCCAAUACCAUGCCAAGGCAUCGAACAUUGCAAAGUUCCUAACUUUAGCAGAACCUCUUUAUACAGGAGAUACUACAAAGAUCAGGCUUUGUGUAGUAGGGUUUAGACCAAUACUAGUACACUUAAGAUACUCUGUCCUCACAAUCUGAGAUUGGACUUUCUCGUCAGUCCUUAAAUUCUUCUUGAUGGUUCAGCAUCUCCGCCAGAAGGUUAAGGCCAUCUUCAUCCAAAUUAGGGACAGCAGAUGAACGCCAUUCCUUUGAGCAAGUAAAGGAGACUCUUAACCGUUUUAGGAUUUAAUGGAAGUCAAAGUUGUCUCAUUACAUCUGGAUCUCAUCUCAAGUCUCCUUGUUCUUCAAUGAUGGUGACAUAGCAGCAUUGCAAGAAAUCAGAAUUGUUCUGAAGAUGCUCAUUGAAGUGGCUGGGAUUAAGAAGUAAUCUGCUUCAACAAUAUUGGUGUAGUUACCUGAUUUCUUGCAAUGCCGCUAUGUCACCAUUGUACAAGGAGACUUGAGAUCCAGAGGCCAGAGGCAAGUAAUCAAGAAAACAGGUAGCCGCAUAAAUGAAAGUGUCACGAUACUAAAUAACAGGACCGGUUUAUUACAUAGAAAACAGAGCAUCAGAUAUGGUGGAGUCUUGAACUAGAAAAACAGAGCAUCGGUUUAUUACAUCUAAAUGAUUUCUUCUGGCGGAGAUACUGCAGUAUGACCACCAUCAAGAAGAAUUUCAGGAAAGAAAGCUAUGAAGCAAGUCGAGUCUGUAGAGUGGAAGGCAACAAAUAAACUUUUAUUAAUUAUUAUAGUAUUGAAUGAGCUGAAAUCCUUUACUCAAAUUAGAAUAUUUCUUCACAGUUGGGGUUCUCAACAUAAUUUUAUUAUCCAGAUCUUUUUGUGUUUUUUUCAAGUGACUUAUUUUCAAGUGCUUGAAGUCACUUGGAGGGAUUUUGUUAUUUUUUGUGCAAAAUUGUUCUGAAGAUUGGGCCGGGACGAUACUAGACAAGCACAGAUUGUCAUUAGGAAUCAAUUGUUAAUAAAGGGUGAAAAUGUCGACCGAAGAAGUAAGUUGCUUCAACAAUAUUGGCGUAGUAAUACAUACCUGGUUUCUGGCAAUGUUGCUAUGUCACCAUUGCCGUACAAGGAGACUUGAGACAACUUUGACUUCCAUUAAAUCCAGAUUAAUAGUAAGCAAGAAAAAGUAGCAUGAAUGCGAUGGGUAGCACUCCAGAAAUGCACAUAGAAAAUAGAGCAUCCGUUCACCUGAAAAGAUUUAUCCGACUGGAUGGAGAAAACAUCCACCCCAAAACUGUCCUCCUCAAAGGAGUUUGCAGGACUGAACCCAUGCAAAAAGCCUGAUCAAAGUACCUCCUGCAGACAUGUCAACGAAAGCAUAAAUCGGUACUGCCCAUUCUUCACUUGGAUAUCAAAAAAUCAGGGAAACAAGAGUCAUUCAGUAAGCCCGUUCUGGACUCGGACAUGUAUUGCAAUUGAAAAAGAAGGGAAAUUUACCCCGUGUUGUGCAUACAGACAACACAGUGCCGAAAAUGUUGUUCUCGGCAAGGUUGGAAGUCUUACUACAUGCUCUAUUUGCAAGAUUUGUGGCACUGCGGGGAAAGGUUGCAAGUGCUGCCAUAACACCGACC